AUGAUUGAUCAUCAACUAUUAGAAGCUCAAGCUGGAGUUAGAGCACAAAGACGCACUAUGGAUCAGAUCUUCACAUUAAAAACUACGGUGGAAACGAGAAGAGAGCUCAGUAAACCAUUGUUUAUCUAUCUUAUUGAUUUCACAAAAGCAUAUGAUCCGGUCAAUCGCGAAUUACUGUGGAAAGUCUGUUUAAAGUAUGGUACGUCAGAGAAAAUUGUCACUCUUUUGAAAACGCUGUAUAAGAACUCAAGGGCAAAGGCCAGGAUUGAAGGUGAACUUUCUGAUAGUUUUUUAAUUGAAACGGAAGUAUUGCAAGGUGGAAUUCCAUCUCCUAUCCUAUUCAAUGUCCUAUUUGACUUUAUUAUCAGAAAAGUAGUAGAAGAAGCCGGUGUAGAUGGUGUUCAGUUUUCGUAUGGAAGUAAUGAUCUUUAUCAUGAUACACGUGAAAAUUAUGAGAAUUUCAAUAUUUUGGCUUUACUCUAUGCUGAUGAUCUAGUGGCAAUGUGUGAAACAGCUGAUGAUCUUGAGACUUACAAACGACCUUUUGAAAAAGUUACUCAAGAAUUUGGGCUGACAAUGAGUGUCAGGAAAACAUGUAUUAUGACCUUACAACAGUUCGAAGAAGAUCAUAACAGAAAGCUUUUAAAAGACAGAGAAGUAGUCUUCCCUGGAUUUGACAUCACAAUUCGGAAUCAGAAGAUUGAAACUGUUGACUCUUUCAACUACCUAGGAUGUCGUGUAACAAGUGACCAAAGACCAGAUAGUGGAAUCAGUACAAGACUGAGUAAAGUUGCAACGGUAUUCAAUAUGUUGAGACAUGUGAUUUGGAGCAGGAAAAGCAUUCCAAUCAAGUCGAGACUAAAAGUGUUUCGUGCCUGUGUUCUCCGUGUCUUAUUGUGUGGAAGUGAAACGUGGUCUAUCACAAGUGCACAUGAACGUAGAAUAAACACCUUUUAUAUGAAAUGCCUACGUACAGUCAUUGGUGUGAAUUUAGGCGAUAGAAUGCCAAAUGAAAAGAUCUUAGAAAUCACGGGACAGCCACCAAUUUGA